UGGAGUGUUCCACCCGGAUGCUUGGUACAUCAAUGGCCGAGGCCAUUUCACAAAGAUCCUUUUCAAAAUCCAGUAUAGCCGUAUAGCUACCGGAGCUGCAUGCACCGAAUGGUGCCAUCAGCGACCAUGGCAACCUGCCCAAACGCAUGCCGGAUCAACGCCACAGGCAAUGCCCAGAAAAUGAAGCUGAAGCCAGGGUCAGAUGUGGCCAUCCACGAAGCUCCGGCAUCAAUUCCCGCUUCCAAAGCCAGCAAACAGGCGGGGACGCAUCCAACACGUUUCUUCUUGGGCCACCUCUUAGUGGCGGCACCUCGGUUGAGUCGAAAGGGGCAGCCAUUUUCAGGUCCAAGUGGUGCAAGCGUCGAAAAUCCCAACCACCCAGGGCCCAGUGAUCCCCACUCCGAUGGCGCCGCUGGCUCCCUGGUGCGUCCCGUCUUGGUCUCCGACGCAGCGCGACGGGAGCUUAGGGACAGCCUCAAGGAGCACGGCUUAGUGCUGGAACGUCGAAAUGGCUAUGUGAGGCCCACCAAGCAGCUGCCUGGUGGUCAGGAGUGUUUUAUCAAACAUCUGGGUGAGUGUGGCGAUCAGAAGUGUGGCAACUAUCGUUUGGGGAAGUUUGCUGCAGUGCGCCCGGACUUCCUGAAGUUCUGUGUGGAUUUCAUCAAGCGAGCGAAUCGGAAACCGCGGGAGUUGGUGUACUGCUCGCUGGGCAGUGGCCAGUUGCUCUUUGACUGGCAGCUAUUGGAGACCUUGACACAGAAAGAAAACGUGCAGCUCCGUGCUGUGCAUCUCAUUGACACUGCCUAUGGUGGGGAGAAGUACCGUAAGAGCGCCGUGCGCGCGCAGCGGCUGUUUGCCGGCUGGUUUCAGGAAAAAGCCUUCGAAGGAGGGCCAUGUCCUGUGCGAAGCUUCCUGACCGCCAAGGAAUUUGAGAAAUGGUCCACGAAGCAUGGCGAGCAGGUGGACGUUCUGCUGGACUGCGACGCGGUGAGCGCGCGCAAAGCCAUCGACGUGGAGCACUUCCGGAGCUCGGUACUGCGAAAGGGUGCCCUGGUGUUGUCCAACCCUGCGAAGCGGAUUUGCAUCCAGAAAUGCCAGAAGAAGGUGUUGACGGAGCUCGUGAAGCAGGUGUACAAGGACGGCACCUGGCACUUCCGCCACGACCCACCGGGUGGCUCCACCGAGCGCCGGGAGCGCCGGCGCUCGCGAGCGCGGGCGGAGCGGGUGGAUUUCAGGAAAGAUGAGGUGGAUAGAGCAAUGACACAAAAACAAUUGGGAACAGGUCAGAAAGGGGCGCGGAUGAACGGGCGCUUGACGACCUCUGAGACUUUCGAUGCCUGGGACAAUGGUGCUGGUGUUAGUGAUACUGCAAGCAGCGGUAUGGAGCUGAGUUUGGAGCUGGCUGCAGACAACGGAACCUGUGUGGAUCUAUUGUCGCUUCCGCCCGAAGACGAGUCGGGGUCGAACCGAUGCUAUGGCGGGGACUGCAGUUGUCAGAUCGCCGUGGAAGAGGUCAUUUGGCUGGUGCUGAAACCUCUGGAAGACGGAUCGGCCGGCAUCGAGCGCCGCGCCAGAGCCUUGACCCCAACGCUGGGUCAGUGGAUCGACCACGGCUUCGCAUUUCUGGAAGGUCGCGAGCCUUUGAAUGCCAGCGGGUUUCAGGGCCUUGUGGCCCCACCUGGCCCACAACGCCCUUGUGCUACAGCAGCACUGUUUGAUCGCUUCAGAGCUGGCCAUGCUGUUGUGGUGCACGACCCCAGCCCGGCCGUGGGGGGGGACGGCAUUCACAGGGUACCGCCGCCACCUCGGCUGGGUCAAGUCAGGGCAACAUCGAGAGAGUGGGCUACGCCUCAGGAUCUUACUGCCAGGAUAUCAGACUCCCCCUCUGCAUCUGUAGUGCUGGAAGUCCUGCAAUCCCAGCAUGGCAAUCCAGACCUUGAUUUGAUUUGCAUUGCUGCUGCUUGGCUCACCAUUGCCAAGCUGCAAAGAACUGUUACCCCUGCAUUGGUGGCAGAUCCUUACUGGCAACUGUUCGUAGAGAGCACACGUCGACUUUUGAGGCUGACGCUGAUUCAGGACCCUACCAACUCGCCGAGGGCAUGUUCAAACCUGUUUUGGGCUGCUGCCAGUCUCAAACAAAAUGGCUUGCUGUGGCCAUGUGUGUCUGAGUUGGAAGAGGACUUUGCCGAGGGGGUUGUUGCCACCGCCUACUUCAUGAAUCGUCAACAUGUGGCAAAUGCUGUAUGGUCAUGUGGAAGGCUUGAACUCAGCAGCUCCGCGCUUGAAAAAGUCAUGAACCCACUCAUGAGUAGGCUUCCCGAUGUGGCGGAAGAGCUCAAGCCUCAAGACUUCGGCAACUUGUUGUGGGCCGCCGGGAAGCUAGGAAAAGCAUCGCCACAGCUUUUGGAAGCUAUGCCAUUGCUGGCAGAAGUGAUGCCAGAUCAAAUCGAUACCUUCGGACCACAGGAUGUCUCCAGUAUUCUCAAAUCGAUAUCCAUGCUGCCCGCAGAUGCCUCUGCUGAGUUGUUGGGGUUGGUCCCACGCUUGGUCAGCCAGGCUCGUGAAGUCCUUCCUCACACGACUAGUCGGCAAAUGGCCCUUGCCUGCUGGGGCUUGGCUGUAUGUGGCCAUUCUGACCUGGAAUUCAUGAACUCAAUCGAGAAGAUUGUCGUGGCUAACAGUGAUCGGUGGCAACCCAAGUCUAUCGAGCUUGACUUGCCGCAAAUCCUGUCGGCUUUUGCCAGACUGAAGGUCAAAGGUUGUGCUGAUAUCCAGCGUGUUGCUGCCACGAAGCUCCAGCCCAUCCUCAACAAAAUGAAUGCGUGGGGACUUUGUGCGCUUGCAUGGUCCUGCAGGCAAUUGGCAUCGUCAGACAGACAGUUUCUGGACUUCUUCUGCAAACGAGUCCAGGAUGCAGUUGAUGCGCGACGCCUUUCCCCGGAGGAAGUGGAACACAGCCGCCUUGGUCCUGAAAAAUGGUCUCAACGCCCACGCGGAGCCAAUAGGUCCAGACGCUGAGUGGCGGGUGAUUUUGGGAACUUGUUUAAAGCUGUUGCUUCCAUAGAACAUGCGGGUGUUGGCC